UGCACAGAACUGGAAGAGAAGCACAGGAGCCAUCUGGACUAUUUGAGGCAAACCUCCCUACUACUGGCUCACAAACUGAAGGUCCAUCAGCUGCAGCAGAGACAGCAGCUGACAGUGCUGAGGGAGAAAGCAAAGCUAGAAGUUCAAGAAAGCCGGAGGAGUUUGAAUUACCUGCUUCAGCACAGUUCAGGGGAGUGCAGUAGCUCCAAUGGCAGUUAUCCUUCUGUGCCAAGAUUGGGCUGUGCAGAGCCAACGCAAAGAGGACACCGACCAGAAGGGGACAACACAGUUGGCAGUAAGCAAGAGAUGCAUUCACGGAAACCACCUGCAUUGGAGACCGAAAGAGACCACAGUCCAGUGGAUCCCAAAAUAGUAGAAGAAAGAAAACCUCUGACAGAAAGGGGUUCUUAUCCCUCAGUGCUUCAAGAAGGAUCCCUGCCGGCAGAGCACAGGGAGCCACUGCACAACCAUCAAGCCUUUAACUUGCCAUCGCCUCUGGUGAAUGUGCACCACGAGGAGACCCUGGCAGGGGAUGACUCCAAAGAGAGCAGUGAACAGGCCAGCUCUGGCAGCCAGUGGAGCGAGGUCGGCCGGCACUAUGGAGGCUCCAGCACCUUCUGCCAUCUGAGCUUGGCCAUGGCGGAGCAGUGCCUGAGGGGAGAGGAGCUGCGAGCUCGGCACCAGGCUGCCCUCCUCAAGCUCCGCAAGAAAGCUCUCCAGGAGAAAGCCAGGGCUGAGCUGGCCUGGCUGGGACACCAGGAACGCUGUCUGGAAAACCUGCAGGAUAGUGAGGGAGCCUCAGCCAUGGCCGCAAAGCAGCGGGAAAUCCUAAUGGAGCUGAAACAGGAGCAGGCAGAAAUCCAGCACCUGCAAAACAUCUACAGGGCGGCCCAUCAGGAAAGAAAACUAAUAUUAAAGCAGCAAAGAGAAAUCUUAAUGAUGCAGCAUUUGACAGCACAACUCCAGGAAAAGCUUCAUGAUUUGGCUGGGAAGGAAGAGGCUACUAAACCACAGUCACUAGAUACCUCGCUUACAAGGAGCUCAGCAGCUGAAGAAGAAAUAAAGCUGAAGACAGUGAGACUUAUUUCUAGCCCAAAGUUAUACUCUUCAGCAGAGUCUAUGGCCAACCCAGAAAGGCCUGAUCUGUCUGGGAACAGGGACAGUUGUGUCCAGCUAGAGAAUAAACAAAGAAAGAAAUAUGAGGGCUUUUCUACUGAGAGCAAGAGAAUACUGGGACAGUACCAAAAGCAGGCAGAGGCGUUGCCAGGUUUGGAGCCAUCCCUUGGUGUGCAAGGUCCUGAUGUGUCUGAAAUGGUGGCCAAGAAAGUGUGUGGUGCUAGUGGUCAAACCACAGGCUCAGUCUUUAUCAUUAAAGACUGCAAAAACACAGUUAAAGAAGUGGAUGUGCCUGUCCCUUAUGAGACCCAGCAGGUGGAUGGUGGGCAGUGUUUGAAGCAUUUGGACCACAUUUCUUAUGAAGCUCCUGAUAAAGAACUAAACUUAAAAGCAUUUUCUGAAGGAUUAACUUCCACUGACUCACUGCUCAGGCUGAACAACUUCUCCCCGAGAUGUCAAAGUGCCAGAUUGGACUCUUCACUCCCGGAGUUUCAGCAAGUGUCUGCAGUUUGGAUUGACAUCUCAGAAAGUUCCAGUUCAGAUUCUGAAUCAGAGCUGAAAACUGGAGAGGACACAGAUGUCAGUAUCCCACAAGAGUUUGUCUGUGAGAAUGGUGAUGCAUUUGCUAAUGUUUCAAAAGAGAUGCUCGUAGCAAGAAGCAAUGGGAAGGAAACAUUACCUAGUGACAAACACACUGAACAUGAAGUGCCCGAAGAGCACAGCGCUGAGGCUUCAUCACACUUCCAGAAAUACCCUGGAGAUGAUUCAGAUCAUGGCUGCACUGAUCAGUUGCUUUCUUUCAUUGCAUCAGACAAAGUAAAUGCCUCAGCACAUUCCUCCCAAUCUGAUAACCCUGCCAAGGGAAUGGAUGAGCUACAUCUGGGUGACUUGGGAAACGACAGUAGAAACAAAGCCUGUUCUCAGGAGGUCACAAGCCAGGGUAAAGAUGCAGUUGCCAGCUCCUCAUGCAGUGAUGAUAUCUACUCACCUAAGAUCAAUGAACUGCAGAAACCUACUCCUGCAACUAGCAGAAAACCUAACGAGGUUUCCACUGACAGAUUCUUUGAGACAUCUAGAUUUGGUGACUGA